AGAAUAGCCAACUGACAAAAACUUCCCUGUCAUUAGGUUAAACUCUUGAAGUGCAAUGCAUUGUCGAAGUGAAUUUUAAUAGAAGUAAUUUCGAAAAUCGUAUGAACAAGUACUAAAAUCAAUUAUUUUUCAAUAGUUUACAGUGUUUCAUAUAAUAUUUACUUAGAAUAUCGACGAGAAAAAAUUUAAGAUCAAAUUUUUAAAAUCAACACGUUUUUAAAAAGGUUACCCAGCCUUGACAUGUUCAAUUAGCAUAAUAUAAAGUAAAAAAUUUAAGUAAAAAUGAACAAAAAGAAGCAUCAAACCGAUCCCACUUGUGACAUUUCCUCAGAAUCUGCUGACGAGAACCAAAAUAACGUCGAGUGCUCUCACAUUAAUAAAGCCGUUGACCUGUCGAAAAUCAGAAAGGCUCUAACGAGAACAGGAUUUCUGACCGAAUGCGAGGAAUGUAAAAAAGUACCUAUCCCGAAUGAUAUGGGCGAUAUUGAAUUCGAUAACUCCCUUUGGUUGUGCUUAAAAUGCGGACACCAAGCUUGUGGAAGGUAUCGAAAUCAACAUGCUUUACAUCAUUACAAUACCCCUCAUUCUGAUUCGCACGCAAUGUGUCUCAAUACGACCAUCUGGAGUGUUUGGUGCUACGAUUGUGACGAAGAAAUCAAUCUCACUUGUAAGAAAAAAUUGCUGGAAGCCGUUGAAACUUUAAGGAAACAGGCUGAAUCUAAUAAGAUAAAACAACAACCAAGUAUACCUCAGGUAACAGAUAAAGUAUUAGAUAUAAAUCCAACAAUUAGUACUGGGGCAACACCCAAACCCCAAAACUCUGUAACUUCUCUGCUUCCAAGAGCUAGGGGACUUUCAAAUUUAGGAAAUACUUGUUUUUUCAAUUCUGUAAUGCAAUGUCUGGGUCAGACACCGUAUUUAGUCAAAUUACUAGAAGAAACUUCAGUCGAAGAUCAAUAUUUCAAAUUACCAGGUGGUAAAUUAAUUUUGGAUAACAAAGAAGUACUUGAACUUGAACCUUUAGAGGGUACUUUAGAAAAAUGGAAACCACUGACAGCAACUUUAGCGGAAACUUUGAGAGAACUUCAAAGUGGUAGACAAGAAGUGUAUGUACCAAGGAUGUUGCUAUCCAGACUCACGACUAAAAUGCCACAAUUUGGUGGCGGUGAUCAACAUGAUUCUCACGAAUUAUUAAGACAUUUAUUAGAAGCUGUAAGGGAAGAAGAUUUGAGGAGAUAUAAGGCUGUUAUCCUCCAGAAAUUAGGUUUGAAUAACAAAACUGAUCCAGCAACUGUGGAGGGCGAUAAAAAGAAAAUAGUGAAAUUCUAUGGAACCCAAGCAUCCGAAAUGCUACUGCCAACAGAACAAGUUUUCAGAGGAGUACUGGUUAGUACUCUACAAUGCCAAGAUUGCGGACACACAUCCCACAGGGACGAAUACUUCCUCGACUUGAGUUUACCGAUUAGCGAAAAGCAAUUGCCACCGGUGUUGAGGAGGAAAGCCGAAGACAUCGAAGAUUGCAAUAAACCUUCCAAAUAUCAGAGUAAAAAGGAAAAGAGAGCAGAAAAAAAGAAAAACAAGAAACAAAAAAGUAACAAGAAUCUCCUUACCGAUACUAUAACGUUUAACAACGACGGGACGAUCGUUAAUAAAAGUGACAGCGAAUCGGACGCCGAUGUCGAAGAUAACGUCGAGGAAACCUCUUCCAAAAUAGCCAACCGCGAAGAAAUCCCUAAAGGUACCGAAUCCGGUUACAACUCUGAUAAAAUAGACAAUAGCAGUCCCGAUUCGAAUAACAGGGACGUAUCGCCCGAGAUGAGGGUAGACGACAGCGGUGUACCGAGUCCUAUUAUCGGAAUGCUCAGCGUUUCACCGGGAAGUCCAGAAAAUAGUCCGGCUUCCAGCGAAACGAAUCUAGAUACUUGUAGUAGUACUAGUCCGGUUUGUGGUCGUAACAGUCCUAAUGAUGAAGUUGUGGAGGAACUGGAGAGACCAGAAUCAAGACUGGCGUUCGUAAGUAAUAAGAACACGGAUCUAAAAGUUGACCUAGGAAAACUUAGUUUAGUAAAUGCUGAUAAUCGGAAAAAGAUUUUUGAUCGAGACGAAGAUUGUAGUAUGGAGGGCGCCUGCGGUCCUGUUCAGGAAAAGAUGGAAGAAGAUGAUUGUGUCGAAGACGAUGACGAGGAGGACGACGACAGCUUGUGGUCCGUUACGAUAUCGUCUCGAUAUCAAUGCGAAGAAGGAGAAUGUUCGGUGCAAUCUUGUUUGAAUCAAUUCACCGAAUGCGAAUUGAUGGCUGGCAAUAAUAGGGUUAGUUGCGAAAUGUGUACCAAAAGGUUCGGGGGUGCCGAAAAGAAAACUGUAUAUACCGACGCUUCCAAACAAUUACUCAUCUACAAUCCACCGGCGGUGUUGAUAUUACAUUUGAAGAGGUUCCAGGUAUACAGAUUUCGAUCGGCCAAAGUCAAUAAAAACGUCAAAUUCACCACGCUCCUAGAUUUGGCGCCGUUUUGCUCAAAACGUUCCCAAAAUUUACCGACGUUCGAAUCUGGUCAAACUAAAGUUUUAUAUUCCUUAUACGGAGUGGUAGAACACAGCGGCAGUAUACACGGAGGUCAUUACGUAGCCUACAUCAAAGUCAGAGCACCAUUAGACGAAAAUAGUUAUAGAUGGCAGUAUCUACCCAAAAAUCAAAUUAAAAAAAAUGACAACGGUCCUAAAGGCGCGAUAGGGGAACCGGAAAUUCCUGCCGGUAGAUGGUUCUAUAUUAGCGAUUCCUACGUAUCCGAAGUACCGGAAUCUAAAGUGUUAGCAGCCCAAGCUUAUUUACUCUUUUACGAGAGAAUUUUGUAAAUUUUUUUUUUUUGGAAUUUCUAUUGUGAAUAGAUCUUUUGUAAAAAACGUACGGUCUCCAUCUUGGAUUUAAGAUAAACAGUUCAUUCCCCGAAUAGAAAAUUUUUCUCGGUUUAUUAUCAUUUAUAAUCAUUAGAAGAAAUUUUUGGUGUAUUUCCAUAAUAUUUUGGAUCCAAACCACCAAGCAACACUGUAAAAAUAUUAAAUUUCAAAGUCUUACCCGGCUCGAAAGACCAGAUAGGGUCUUUGGACUGGUUUGGAAUUACUUUCUCUUUGGAAUAAAUUCACUGCCUCAUUGUUAUUGAACUUUUCAUAAAUAGCUGGUUCUUACCCGGCUCGAAAGACCAGACAGUGUAAUUGGACUGAUAAUAAUCGUAGUCGAAGUAGAAGGAAAUCCUAUACAAGACUAGUUAGUCAUUUGUAAGUCAAUUUGAUGCAUAUUUGGGGAUCAUUCGAUUACACUGCGCGUUUUUUUAUCUUUUUAAAAAAAUAUAGGAUCAAACAGUUUAAUUGGGAGAGUUGGACUGUUAGAUUGGUUCCUCUUUGGAAUAAACACGCUCCCUUGUUCUUGGAGCUUUUCUUAAAUCCUUGGUUCUUACCCGGCUCAAAAGAACAGACAGGAUAGUUGGAUUGGUGUGGAAUUGGUUAUUGAAGUUUCCCAUAAAACGGUGGUUCCCAUCCGGCUCGAAGGACCAGAUAGUGUGGACUGAUUUUCGUAGUCUGCUACUGGUUCCUGUUGGAAAGUGGGACUCUAUGGGAAAUAAUAACAAUUUCGUGUGGGGUACGGUUUAUUUAUGGUAUUGUUCUGAUAAAAGAAGACAUUUCCUCUAAUUCCUCUUAUUCUAAGUUAAUUUCAUGAUUACUCGAUUACAUUACUUGAUUUUUUGAGCCUUUUAUAGAUGGUUUUUAUUUAUCUUGAAAUAUCAGACAAUGUCACCGGACUGAUAACGAUACUGAACUGGUUCCUCGUAAAUCUUUGGUUCUUAUACGACUCGAAGGACCAGAAAGUGUAAUCGGAUUGCUAUGAUGGUUUAAAACUGGUUCUUCUUUAGAAUGGUUGUUGAAGCUUUUCAUGAAUCGUUAGUUCUUGUAUCCGGCUUGAAGGACCAGACAGUGUAAUGGAAAGUUUGUAAUUGGUUUCUCUUAGAGUAAAUAUUGGUUCAUAUCUUAUCAUUCAAUUGGAGUAUUUUAUUACUUAUUAAGUUUGAUGGAUCAGACAGUUUAAUAUCUUCAUUCUGGGUGAUUGUAAUUGCAAAUCGGUACCUGUUUUUGUUUUAAACGAAUCAAUGUAUGAAAUUUAUCCACUAGUUUGUUUCCGUGAAUACAAAACGAGAUGGUAGCCCAGUUUUUUAUUGAUAGAUUUCGGAUCCUAUAGAAUCAAUGCUAUACACUAAUAAAAUUGAAUAUCGCAUUCAAAUAGGAAUUCUAUUGUCAAAUACACGUCAUUUUUGACAGCUUGUGGAUGUAAAAUAUAAAAAAAAUUUUUGGUGCUUAGCGAAAAAGUUAGUAUACAAUAAUUAGGAAGAAUUGUGCCGAAUUGAUGGACCUAUAUGAUUAAACAAUUAUUACCAUUUUUUUUUUUUGGAAAAACGUAACUUUAUUGUGUAUUUAUUAAAUAAUUUUAUACUAAACAAUAA